CGCUGCCACUGCAGCCCAGGCGAUCGCGGGGUGGGCCUAGUGGCUCUCAAAACAGCGGCAGCGAGACGCGGCGGCCUCUUUGCCCGAUCUGAAUCGGAAGCCAUGGCGCUCUGGUGUCGGCCUCGCUGUUGCUGUUGCUCAUGCGCCGCUUCGUCCCGGACGGCGAGACUCUUGAGCAGCUUGCGAAGCUGCGGCUUGGACAGCAGUGGUGGCGGCGGUGGCACCAACAAACAGCCCGGCGAUGAACUGGCGGCGCUGCCAGCAUUGAAGACGGCCAAAUCUAGUUUUUUAGGGGAAAGACUGUGUCUAUUUUUUCCAAAAAUGUAUAGUAUAUGUUGGCGUUUUGCUAGAUUUCAACAUACAACAGUGCAAACUCAUUGCUUUGGUAAAACGGUCAGCGAUGAACAAUACAAAGAUCCUUUUAAACUUGGAGGAAAAGACUUGAAAAAUUUCUAUGAGGAUAUUAAAAAGGAAUUACGGGUUUCUACUACAGAACUUAAAGAAAUGUGUGACUACUACUUUGAUGGUAAAGGGAAGGCCUUUCGACCAAUUAUUGUGGCACUAAUGGCCAGAGCAUGCAAUUUUCAUCAUAAUAAUUCUGGAGAAGUGAAGGCAAACCAACGCUCCAUAGCAUUAAUUGCAGAAAUGAUCCAUACCGCUACGCUAGUUCAUGAUGAUGUAAUUGAUGAUGCUAAUUCACGAAGAGGAAAGGUUACUGUUAAUCAAAUCUGGGGGGAAAGGAAGGCAGUCUUAGCUGGUGAUUUUAUCCUUUCUACAGCAUCUUUAGUUUUAGCACGUAUUGGCAACACAACUGUCCUUUCUCUAAUAACGCAAGUGAUUGAAGAUCUGGUGCGUGGUGAAUUUCUCCAGCUGGGUUCCAAAGAAAACGAAAAUGAGAGAUUUUCUCACUACCUCGAAAAAACUUUUAAGAAGACUGCAAGUCUUAUAGCACACAGCUGUAAAGCAGUUUCUGUACUCAGCUGUCCUGAUCCAAAAGUUCAUGAAAUUGCAUAUCUAUAUGGAAAAAACCUUGGGAUAGCAUUUCAGCUGGUAGAUGAUGUGCUGGAUUUCACAUCGUGUUCCGAACAGCUAGGAAAGCCUGCAUCAGCGGACCUUAAACUUGGAAUAGCCACUGGACCCGUCUUAUUUGCUUGCCAGCAGUUCCCAGAAAUUAAUGCCAUGAUAAUGAGGCGAUUCACUUACCCAGGUGAUGUCCAACGUGCCCAGGAAUUUGUACUACAGAGUGGUGGCAUACAGCAAACAAACUACCUCGCACAGCGCUAUUGUCAUGAGGCAGUGAAGGAAAUUAGCAAGCUCCGACCAUCCCCGGAAAGAGAUGCCCUUAUGCAGCUGGCGGAGAUUGUCUUGUCUCGAGACAAAUAAUCAUCUUCUUCCUGGUGAUUCUGGCAGCUAUUUUACCAGACUGUGCCUAAACUGUUUCAGAACAUCUUGGCUUGCUUCUGGUGGAGUUCCCAUUUUUUUAAAAAAAGUUUUCCUAGUUAAGUAACUAGGCUUAUGAAAUGCUUUUAUUGAAGAAAGCCUUAUGCAUCAGUGAAACACAAUCAGUCUGUUAAAUUGGUAGCAACACGUGGUAUCUAUGCUUUUAAUGAAGAAGUUUCUUGUUUUAUCUGGGAAUUUGUUUACACUGUUCACUAUAUUGACGCUGAAGGCCACAAACAAUAAAAUACAAUCAGUGUAUUAAAUUAUUUCUGCAGUUCCUCAUGUGUGCUGGGAGUAUAACCAACUCCUCGAAUAAUUAAAUUGCCUGUUAGAAUUUCAAAGUACCCAGAAAAUUAAAGAAUGGUUUAUUAUAAAAGACUGUACAUACUUGUUAUAAUUAAAACAGGUUAUAUACAAAUCAAGAAGUGUUCCAAUUUAUAAAGGGAAUACAAAUAUGUUUCAUGAGUUGCUGUUUGAUGUCAGAAAUAACAUGUUAACAAUCAGGAAAAGGCAAAUAAAGCAAUUAGGUUCAUUUAAGGAACAAUAAGGCAAGGGAUUCUUCAGUAUUGAAUGUUGAUAGAUAAUAUUAUUGUUCUUGUAUUUAAUACACUUGCUUUUUUCAUCAUUUAAUGCCCAUUAGGGCAGUGAUUAAGCCCAAAUAAAUCUUUACUACACAAAGCAACAAAUCCCUUUGUAAUUUAAUUUGUGUACUAUCCAAAACCAGAAAUGUGACCUGACCUUGUGCUCAAACUGGAGAUGUUCUACUGCAUGCUUAAAGCCAAACAGGUUGCAUGACAAUCUAUGUCUUUUUCAGUAUAAGCUGUUCUUGCUCUUUUAGUGGAAUGCCUGACUAGAAACAGCAUUGCUAUGGAAAUAUAUCCCUGUGAAGCCCAUAAGAGCUGUAUUCCUAGAUAGGUGCUGCUUAAAUAUAGUGAUGUCGGGGGGG